GGCUGCUGGCACUAUAGCUCCCCAAGUCGCCUAUACUCACCACUUCCGAGAGGACCACCUUCGUCCCCGCCUUCGGUAGGCAGGCGCAUGGGGCUCACACCCGCCUUUCUAAAAUGCUACCUACGGUACUCACCACUUUCUGCGUCAUGAUCGCCGCUAGGCUGCGCUCCGCAUCAGCUGGUUCACUACCUGGAGACUUCAAGUGGUCCAUAGCUCUGAAAGAGAUUAAACUGGGUGAACAGACGGCCAUCACAUAUCAAGUGGACAAUAAAGUACCAGAUUUUCACUUAACAUUUCACGUAGACAGUACUGUUAUAGAGGAGAUGCAAGUCACUGAGACUCCUGUCUUUGGUAUGACCGUGCACAAAAUGGAGAAGACGGGUCGACAUAAUGUAUCUGUUCAUCUGACCUGGGGCGGUGACCAGACGGCCAACUUUUUCGACUACGUGUGGGUCUAUCGUCCAAUUGCAAAUGCGCACGUUCUCUUUGCAGUUACGUCUUCGGUGGUUGUUCCACCUGGAAACAUCUCAGCACUGAUAACAAUAACGGACUCAACUGAGUUGCCAACUAUGGUCGUGGGAUUCAUUUCCUGGGGUGAUGAGCAAAUGACUACCUUAAAUUUGACCCAGGGCACUCUGCCUGGGUCCUCCGGGGCAGCUUCAUGGACUGAAGAACACACGUAUGCCGAGUCGCAAAAUUUCACUGUGACCUUGACUCUUCGUAAUCCAGUGUCUCUGGUUAAGUUAAAUCGGACGGUGAUCACAACAGAAAAGCUCUCUUUGUACAAUGUUACCAUCAAGGACCACGCGGGAUCCUUGGCACCAUCAACCCUCACUUCUGGAAAGCCAGUGGUGUUCGAGCUCUUUGCAGAAAGCGGAAUUGCCAGAAUGUACAUUCUCAAGGUCGGAGAAGAAGUCGUCCGGAGUCUGCAACGUCAGAUACCCUACGAGUUCCGGAAGCCCGGCAGAUAUGAAGUCACAGCAGAAAUAUCGGGUCCAGCAGGCGUCUCUGAGCCUUACAUGAUCGAGGUUGACGUGGAAGCAGCUCUGCAGAGCAGGGAGAUCAAGCUGGAAAUGCCGUCGAUGGUUGUCUUCCCUCCUGGAAAUGCAACGGCUUACGUCGAAAUCACCUCUGACGCUCAGUUGCCGACAAAUGUCCAGGGCUCCAUUUCAUGGGGCGACAAAGGCCCCUCAACUUAUAUUGACCUCAGGAAUGACACGGGUCCUGAAGCAACGGGUUCACUCCGCAGGCCCCUGGUCCAUACCUUCGCGGGAGCUGGAUUGUACGAAGUCGUACUAUACGCCUACAACAACGUCUCCAGCGUCAACAUUACCAAGAUGGUGAGUGGCGUAGGUGCAAUUGUUUCUAGCAAAGCUGACGUCACCAUCACCCUGACGUCGACUGGGGAACUUCCCACGCGCGUCUCUGGAUACAUCGCCUGGGGAGAUGAUGUCCAAGAAGGGGAAGUCCGAAGGGACUCUGAAUUUGACUUGAGUGACGUCACGGCUCCUGGAAACACGGGAUCUGUUUCCACAGUCCUGGAAUACAGUUUCGGCCGUUCCGGCGUCUACAACAUGACGGCUUGCUUGAAGAACAACGUCUCUGUGGUGUUCGCUUCCAGGGAGAUUCGCGUCAUCGACCACAUAACCCUGAGGGCGGUGACGGUGGAAUAUUCAGACGAAGCCGAUAUCCCGGACUGGCAAACGGAGGUAUUCAAGACAUCUGUGAACUUGAACAUCACAGCCAUCGUGGACACAGGUGCUGUGGAGCAGUUCGUUCUGAGCGCUGAUGGAGACCUCCUGACGAAUCCUGGCCCAUCUUUCACCUAUGCCUUCGACAAGGUAAGAGUGGUAGACGACCUCGCCCUCAGCCGCAUCGUCGUAUCUUACCAAGACCCGGCGGACGAACCGGGCUGGAACACCACCUGGCUGAAGACUGGAGUCGACCUCCGCUUCCAGGCCAUCCUCGACACGGGCGAGGCUACUUCCUACGCCCUUUACGUCGAGGGGGAGGCUCAGCCCAUCACCAGCCCCAAUUCCACCAUCUUGUAUAGAUUUGCCUUGGCUGGGGAAUACCACAUCAACAUGAGCUGCUCAGGCGAGGCUGGCGUCUCACCCGUUGUGGUCAGCACGGUCAAAGUGGCCCAUCCCAUCUCUCCAAACCACCCGACCUUGAGAGUACCAACCCUCGUCGUGUGGCCUCCAGGUGGCGCCAAGGUGACUGUAACGCUAUCGUCAGACACUCAACUGCCAACUUACGUCCAGGGCUCAGUCGACUGGGGCGACGCCGGAGUACCGGAGACGCCCCUGGAUUUCACAAACGGCACCGCCCCUUCAGCGGCAGGCUCAGUCAGCCUCGACCUCUUCCACAACUACACGGAACCUGGAGAAGUGACUGUGACGCUACGUCUUCGAAAUCCCGUGUCUCUUUUCAACAUGUCGGACAAGCUUAAUGUUCUUGCCUCCCUCGCCCUCGGGGGAAUCGACGUCCAGUACGAGAACCCAAGCGACAGCCCUCGAUGGGACACCCCCGUCUUCAAGGCCCACAUACCGCUGAACCUGACAGCGAUGGUCCAGACCGGUCAGGUGGAGGAAUAUAUACUCCAGAUCGGAAACAAGACGAUGACCAGUCGGAAACCGUCAUUUGUUUACACUUUCCUGUCCGCUGGAGAUUACACCGUCACGAUGCGGGCCUCUGGAAGCGCAGGAGAUUCAAACGUUCAGUCAGCACUUGUCCGAAUCGCUCAACCACUGACGGCGGAUAACGCCAUCAUAGAGCCUCCAGAAUACGUUGUCUUUCCUCCAGGACGACUGAACGUCACCCUGACCUUGACCGCGUUCAUGAGGGAAGUCGCUACCAACGUGACGGGCUGGAUGACCUGGGGAGACUCCCCGGAGAUGGUGGAAACCGACCUCGCAGAGGACACGGGUCCGGGCGUUCCUGGACCCGUGGCCCUCGUUCUGGAACACCAGUAUUCGAGUACUGGACAAUUUGCCAUAACGUGGUUCUUGAGGAAUCCGGUAUCGGAGAUGAAUGUCACUGAGAUUGAAAGCGAUUACGAGGUCACCAUGACAGCGGAAGGUUCAUCCGGGAUCUCGGAGCCAGUCUCGGCUUUCGUACGCGUCCGGCGAAAAGUCUCGGGUCUCAAGGUGGAGGUGUCGCACACCGCCACGCGCGUGAUGCUGGAAGUGACAUUCCAGAUCGAAGACCCCCUCCUGCUGGGCGGCUGCGUCUCUCUGGACCUAGGAGAGAGAGACGGGCGCCUUUUGGGAUGGCGCCAGGCCUCGGGCUGCGAAGGACAGGAAGCCGGAACCGAAGAGUGGAGCCAGGCGCCUCCGACGGGGAGAAUCACUCUCGCUCACAGGUACUCGUCGCCCGGCGUAUACGCGCCCAAGGCCCGUUUAUUCUCCUUCAUGGGCGAGGAGACCCUGGCGUUCCAGAUCACGGUGUACGAGAGCCUUCCCUGCUCAGAGCUGAGGGUCUGGAUUCCUCGGAAUGGAACGCUGGACAGUCCUGUCAAUAUGACUAGAGCUGAUAAAUUACGCAUUAGGAGUUCGUCUUCGGUCAACUGCUCAGCCAGCGAUUUGUCGAUGGAGAUCGGGUGGAAGAUCAUCCGGAUCAACGACAGCCUGGAGGUGGACCUCGGGGAGACGGACACAGGCAAGGGCGUCCUCUUCCUGCAGAGGAGAACCCUUCACUACGGGCUCUACAGGGCAGUUGUCAGCUACAACAUCUCCAUGACAAACCCGUCAUCUGGCAUUCCCGUUUGGGAAUACUUGGAGUCGGAAUCGGUGGUGAACGUGAGCAAGAGCGACUUGAUGGUGGUCAUCGUGGGGGGCGGCGCCCCUAAGAUACGCAGAGGCAACUUGCAGACGCUCCUUCUGCGUCCUAUGCAGUAUUCCUACGACCCCGACUACCCUGAGACUCCGCUCGCAUCGUACGUCUGGUCAUGCCGUUUGGUUGGUGAAACGUUGCCAGAUCGCGGCGUGACCUCUGACCCUCCAUUGACCCGAGAGCCCUAUGAGAAUAGCAUUGACCACGGAGGAUGUUGGGGGGAAGGCCCUGCUUGGCUGACCAAUGAGAAGGGCAGCUUGUCUAUAGACGUUGACCUCUUCAGAAGUUUAUACAAGGUUUACAAGAUGGCAGUUAUCGCUUCAAGUAAAGACGGUCGCUCGGCCUCCUCGUCAGUGGAGAUCGAAGUGGUUGAGGGCAACCCCCCGCCUUUGGUGUCCUAUUGCAACCCUCCCUGGUUCUGUGUCCAAGUCAAAGGCGCGCAGCUGGUCAACCCAACCAAACUCAUUCUGGAGAGUGACGAAGAAAUGGAGGAGGGGAAAGAGGUCGCAGGGGAAACAGUCGCCCCUCUGAACUUUACCUGGUCUGUUUUUGGAGUGAUCAACAGUGAGUCUUCAGAGCCGAUAAGCAUAGAGGGCGUUGCAGUGGGCAUGAACAAUCGCAAACUAGCUCUGCUCGAUGCUUUUUGGGAGACCUACGGCUCCACUUACAAACUGUUCGACGUCGAAGUGACAGCGAACAGGGUUGGAGAAGAUGCCAAAGGUCUUGCAGUCCAGCGAAUCCAGAUUAACGAAGCCCCUACCGGAGGCAGCUGCGUAGCCCUGUUGCCCGAAGAAGUCGGUGAAGAGGGAGCGAGCGCACUCCUGCAGUCGGAGACGAGGGACAACGCAGAGGUCCCCACCCUCGAAGUCAUCUCCUUGGUCGAGUCCGUCCUUUGUAACUGCACAGGAUGGGUAGAUCCCGAGGGGUUUGAAAUACCCAAAUAUUCCUUUUAUGGAGUGUCGAGCGCAGGAGAGAAGAUGGUCUUCUCCUUUGGGACGGAGCCCAAAGGAACCAUCGUCCUCCCCUACACGAACAUGACCCUGUGGGCAGGCGUGGCAGACAUCCUUGGGGCUGAGGCGUCCUAUCUCAUGGCCCAUAUCGUUCCCAUACUUCCUACUAAAGAGACUUUUGAAGAAUAUAUGGGAAGGAACGAACUCGUGAAGGCGGCGGGCGCAAGAGACCAGACGAGGGUUGAUAUGUUGCUGAAAGCUGAGAAUUCCUUGAAGGGCAUCGGCCUCCAGUCGGAGGCUGAUGUAGAUGGAGAGGGAGCAAUGGAGGAUGGGGAAGACGACGACAAAGCGAAGGAGAAGAAUGAGAAGAUGCUGGGCUCUCUGGACUCUUUCACCACAACGUCCAUGGAGGAGGUCAUCCAAGUUAACAGCAUCCUGAACUCCGUAGCUGAUCCCCUCCCGAAGGAGAAACAGGAAGGAGCCGUGGACACACUUGUCAAGCUCUCUAGGGCAAAGGACCGAGAAGCUCCUCUCUCCCUGCAGAAGGACUUCAUGGCUGGAGCUCUGUCGACAACGGCUAACCUGCUAAAUGGUGUCAACAAAGAGGUGAACUCCUCCAAGGCUAUGAACAGCACGAACAUGGCGCAAGAAACGGUCAAGAGAUUAAGAAGGAGUGUCGCGAGAGCGAGCAACUUCUCCAUCGAUUAUGACGAUGCAGAAGAAGAAGACCAGCCAGUUGAGCCUUAUGAGCCAACCGAAGAUGAAAUCAAUGCCAAUGAAAAGGUCGGGAAAAUGCUAGAUGUCGUUGGAAACUCCCAGUCAGCUUUACUGGAGGCUGCCGUGAGUGGAGAAGAGCCCACGAAGAUAGAAGCCGGCGAUAAAGUGAACGUUGCUGUGGCCUUCUUCGACGCUUCUGAGUUGAGGGAUAAGCAGGUUGAGAUUGGAGGGGCGACUUACGUGUUCCCAAGUUACUGUGCCAUCCUGCGGGAAGACGAAGACUGCCUGGUGAACAAGUCCAUCUCCAUCGGGGUCAAAAUGACCAAAUGGAAGGGUCAAGUCCAUGGUUAUGGCGGAGGUCGCGAUCAACUGAGUGACGAUUCAUCAACCCUCCAGCUCUCCUUGGUCGACAUCAAUCUCAACCCAAUACCUGUCAGAGACACACUGGAAGAUUUCGUCAUGUAUAUUCCAAGAGCCGAGGAGACUAUCAGUGAACCUGAGCUUAUAGAUCCCAACGUAUCAGGACUUGGUCUGAGCGUCCACAACAUCUACGUGCCCGCGCCACGCGUUGGAGUGACCGUCCUCGUGAGGCCAGAGAACGACUCGGACAUCGAGGACUGGAUCAUAACGUGGUCGUCAUCCAAGUUGAACGGGACGCCAGAGUAUAUGGAGAAUGUGAUGUACGUCACAGCUCUUCCUUAUCAUAAUGAUACAGGAUUCUACGAGUUAUUCCUAGACUCCGACGUCAUCGGGAAUGAGACGGGAAUGUAUUCCGUCGGAUUCGGUCGCUACAACUACACUGUUCCUGAGAUCCUGGAGCAUCCCUGCUUUGAGGAUCCGCCCAAUAACACGCUCCUCGUCAGCUUCGACACCCAAUUCGACACCAACUACUCCCUGAGCACCUUCGUCUCGUCCUGCCUCUUCUUCGACAAUGAACUCCUCACCUGGAGCAGUGAUGGGUGCAAGGUGAUCGGAGCCAACGCGACCGUGACCAUCUGCUCCUGCAACCACCUGACCUCCUUCGGGUCAGGAUUCUUCGUGACCCCCAACACCAUCGACUUCGCCUACGUCUUCGCCAACGCAGGAUUCGCGGACAACCUCACCAUCUACCUGGUCCUGAUCAUCUCACUGGCCCUCUACUUCAUCGGCCUCGUCUAUGCCAGGAUCAUGGACAAGAAGGACGUGGAGAAAGUAGGGGCGACGCCCCUGCCUGAUAAUGACCCCGAAGACAGGUACCUUUAUGACGUCAUGGUCCACACUGGGCACUUCCCUGGGUCGGGCACUAAGUCUAAGGUCCAGUUCUUACUGGUGGGCGACUGGAAUGAAACAGAUGUGCGGACUCUGAAUGAGGACACCAAGCGCCCUCUGCUCACCCGCGGAGCUUCCGACCACUUUGUUCUUGCUAAUGAUAGGCCCCUAGGCCCACUACAGUACCUCCGGAUCUGGCACGACAACAGUGGCAAGGGCAAGACGGCCUCCUGGUACUUCUCCUACAUGGUCGUUAGGGACGUGCAGAGUGGUGAGGAGUUCCAGUUCAUCUGCAAUAGUUGGUUAGCUGUAGAAGAAGGGGAUGGACUAAUCGACCGACUGAUCCCUGUGGCUGGAGACGAACAGAAGCGUGACAGAGCCCACGUUUUCGGCAAGACUGUCGAGAAGAACCUCUCUGACGACCACUUGUGGUUCAGCGUCUUCUUAAGACCGGCUCGGUCGCGGUUCACGCGGGUGCAGAGGCUCUCGGCCUGCAUGGCACUCCUUUAUCUCUCCAUGUUGGUGAACGCCAUGUUCUACGAGAGGGUCCCAGACACGCCAGGGGCGGGAGGCCUGAACCUGGGAUUCUUCAGCGUCUCUCCCGAGGCGAUGGGCGUCGGCUUCAUCAGCAACCUGAUCGUCUUCCCACCCUCCUUCCUCAUCGUGUUCUUCUUCAGGAAGGCCAGGCCCCGUAGCCCUAAGAAAUCGCGUCUCAGAGAGGCCCUGGUUAAGCAGACUCUCCACAGUGGAGAAGAAGUUGAUGACGCAAAUGCAAAGCCGCCAAAGAAGGGAUUCUUCCACUUCCUGUCCGCCAUUCGAUCUGCCUGCUCUAUCUCGAAGCCAAAAGACCCCGAAGGGCAAAGAAAGAGCCCUACGGACAUUAAGCCAACAACCUUGGAGGCUAAGCAAAAGCACCCUUGGAGCACCAAGCUAGUACCAUCAGAACCACAAGAGGACAACAGUUCUGGCAGCCGGGUGGGGAAGCGUUCUAGCGCUACCAGCCAGUCUUCCCGUCAACAACUGAUAACACCAGAAAAUUCCUCCAGCAGUAGAGAAGAAAAUGGCCAGGAGAAAUCUCUAAGUAGGAGAAAGAGGAAGUUGACCCUUCCGUGGUGGUGCGUCAUCAUAGCGUGGGUCCUCUGUGCCAUCAGCAUAAUGGUGGCUGUGUUCUUCCUCUGGGCCUACGGCAUCCAAUUCGGCAACGAGAAAGCGACCAAGUGGCUGACUGCUCUCAUCUCCUCCAUCUUCUCUUCUGUGCUCUUUACUCAGCCAAUUAAGAUCUACCUGACUGCGAUGCUGCUCUCCUACAUCUGCAAGAAGCCUCUGAACGAACACGAGGAUUACGACGACGAUGAGGAGGAAUUCGACGCCGAGAGUGAUGAGACCCUCCUUCAUGGACCUCCCACUGGACAUAGCUACCGCCGAAGGAGGUCACAGAUCCAGCUAGGUCCCGGCAUGAGUGCGGAGGAGCUAGAGGCCGCCAGGUCCCGGCGGGAGAAGGAGGUGGCGAUGCAGGCCCUCAUCUUCGAGAUCGGGGUGUACUCCAUCUUCCUGACCAUCAUCCUGUCAGUUGGCUACGGCUCCAGGGACCCCAACAUCUUCUUCAUGAGGCAGAACGUCGUCAACACCUUCGUCGAGAGCCAGGUCGGCGGCGAUAGCGAGUGUCCCCCGUUCUCGGAGGCGGCAGUAGAAUCGGACUUGUGGUGCUGGGCGAGAGAGAUUCUGAUACCAAACCUCAUGGACCCCUACCUGUACAACGGGGAGCACCGCCCGCAGACCAUGUGUGGUACUCUGAUCGAUCGCGUCAGCUUCCUUCUGGGACACCCAAUCUUCAGGCAGAUCAGGAAAGUGCCAGGCCCAUCCCACCAACGUCCUGUCAAUCGGCCGCGCUCUGAAGACAACAGAGACUUUGGGCUCGGCUGGAACGUGACAGGAAAAGGACCACCCCAUUACAUCUACAGAUCUUCUCUCCAGCUUCAUGGCUUUCCGUAUGACGGCAUUCUGGAUAAAUACAGUGGAGGCGGGUAUUUGCUGGAACUCAGGGGACCUCACUACAAGGCUCAUCAGACGCUCAACAGACUGGAAAACGAAGGCUGGAUAGACGAACAGACGAAGGCAAUUUUCGUGGAGUUUGCUUUCUACAAUCCUCAGGUCAACCUCUUCGGCGUCGUGAUGUUCAUCUUCGAAUUUUUCGAAGGCGGAGGGUUCUUGGCCAAGUUCAAAUUCCAGGGGCUGUCGCUGCUGAGGUACCACAGACCCGGAGGUUUCUACAUCCUUCUAUCCGAGAUCGCUUACCUCAUCUUCACCUUCUUCUACACCCGCAGGGAAUAUAAGAGCCUCAAGAAACUGAAAAGGGCGUACUUUAAUUCAGUCUGGAACAUCCUGGAAAUCGCCAUCUUGAUUCUCUCGUACACAGCCAUCGUGUUUUACCUGCUGAAGACUUCGCUGACCUACUACACGAUCGACAAGUUCACCGCGACGAAGGGCAAGAAGUACAUCAGGAUGCAGCCCCUGGCAUUCCUGGACGAGGUCGUGGGAUACGUCAUAUCCUUCCAGGUGUUCAUAGGCACCCUGAAACUCCUGAAACUCCUGCGGUUCAACAAACGCAUCGGGAUGCUCUCGGCCACCUUGAAGCACGCCGCAGGGGACAUCCUGGGCUUCGGCCUCCUGUUCGUCGUGAUGCUCUUCAGCUUCUCGAGCGUCUUCUAUCUCAUCUCCAUGACGUCGGUGGAGGAGUUCUCGACCUUCUCCAGGGCCGUCGAGUCUUGCUUCUUCGAGAUCAACAAGAAGUUCGUGGACGUCCGAGAGUCGUCCCGCAUCCUGGGCCCCAUCUUCUACUUCGUCUUCGCCUUCUUGCUCUACUGGCUCGUCUUCCAGCUCCUGAUCGCCAUCAUCUGCAACGCCUUCGCCGAGGUGAGCAGCGACUUGAGCGCUCAGCCCAACGACUACGAAGUCGUCGAGUACAUCAUGUCUCGCGUCUCCGCCUACAUCUCGGCCUUCCACCCGAAUUCGGUGAGGGAGGUCAACAUACAAGCGCCCAGGGGGCCCGACAUCGACUCGCAGUUACGGCAUCUCAACCACUCGCUGGAUAAAGCACUGGAUGCCCUGGACAGAGUCACGGGGGGGCAGCAGCAGACCCCUUCAGCAGAGAAAGAAAAGCAAGGUCGUGAGUAGUUGACUGAAAAGUUGAUUGCCAUGACGAGGUCAAUAAUCUAACUGCAAUUGAUUUAUUGUCGAAUAAACCUAUAUGAAAAUAACGUCAAUGUACAUUACCUGGCGCGUUGAUAAUUAAUCGAGUUCAUGAGCAGAUGUCGUUGGGAAUGG